UCUUAUUUCAAAAAUCAAAAGCAUUGUUGCAAGAAAACUGGACUUUAAAUUCCUUCUUUUGCUGGCACCACUUGUUAGGUCAGAUUAUUAAACAUAACUGACGUGUGUGAAAGAAACGUGGAGAAAGUCCCAGAGUAUCUUAUGAUCAGGUAUUUAUAGUGAGCUAUUAAUGGACAUGGGCUCUGCAGAGGUUGUUUGCAAUCCUGAAAAUGUCACUUUCAACUUAAUAAUCACUUCUUCAAAGGCUGAGGUCUUCCCUCUUUCAGGCCAACUCUUUUGAAAGACAGAAGUGGAAGCUUUGAUGAGGUAAAACAGAUGAGAGGUUUGAGCCUAACAGAACAUCUGAGAUCAUCUAACCUGAAGAUUUAACAUCUGCUUCUAAUUAAAAAGCAGUGUUUCUCUACAAAAGUGAUCCAUGUUGUGCUGAUUUGCAAUGAAUACUUCUGUGUAUAUGAUUGGUGAUUCUGAUGAGGAAAUCCCUACCCAACGAGCUAUUCAGGAAAGCUUACAAGAUAGGUAUAAAAUUGAAACAAGUGGCAGUGCAACAGAGAUUGAAAGUUUCCAGUAUACUGCAAGCAAAGAACAUGGGCAGAUCAUUGCAGCAAUUCGGACAGGCCAAGAGGAGGCCUUGAAGAAAUUGGUGAGGCACAGUUCUGCUUUUGAAGAAGCAGAUCAGCAAGGCUGGCUUCCUGUGCAUGAAGCUGCAGCACAGCUAAAUAAGAACAUCCUUGAAAUAACUUUACAAGCCUCCCGUGACAUUGCGUGGGAACAGACCACUCUCAAAGGGGAAACACCUCUUUUGGUGGCAGUAAGAAACUGUUUUGUGGACAAUGUCCACUUUCUCCUGCUCAAUGGCUGCAAUCCCAAUGUUAAAAAUGAAGAGGGAGAUUCUCCUUUAGUUAUAGCAAUUAAACUUGAUUCCUAUGACAUUGCCUCCUUGUUGCUACGAUCUGGUGCCAGAGUGAAUUUGCGCUGUGUCCAUGAGAGAACUGCUCUGCAUGAGGCAGCCAGACUGGGCAGGAAGGCUCUGGUGCAGCUUCUCCUGGAUUCUGGAGCAGAUCCUGACCCCCGCAGUGGAUAUGGGCUCACACCCCUUGCCCUGGCUGCACAGAUGGGACAUACAGAAAUUAUGGAGCUCUUACUGCAAAAAGGUGCAGAUGUUCUUUCACAGGCAAUGUGUUGCAGGGGGGGUGGUCCUGGGAGCAGGGGAAUCCAGCCAGAGUCUCGAUACAAACACCAAUACAAUUUGAGCAUUGUGCUCCCGUUUUAUUGUUCCGUUACACCAAGUUAUACUUUUUCCAAAGUUCACGCCCCUUUCCCAUGAGAAAGCCUCUAAGCAGCGGGGGAGCU